UUCAUUAUCCCUGCCAACACAUUUUUUUCAUUUUUCCCUCCAUGCACUUGCAUGAACCUUGUUAUAUAAAACAGUUUUUAUAUGGUACUGGUGAGGUGUUUAGUCUGAGUAUGUUGGCAUUUACUGGUCCAGCACUGCUUCCCUCACUGGUCUUAGCACACAAAGGUAAUGGUGUCACCCUGUGUCCAGGCGUCGUCCAGACCACUGCCCUGCUGGACUACGAGGCCUCCGCCAGCCACAACCUGACGGUGCGGGCGCGGGACCCCUUCACCGGGGGCCACACGGACACCCACGUCACAGUCGCAGUCACGGACGUCAAUGACAACCCGCCGGAGUUCAGCCGUUCCGUCUUCAAGGGAGACGUGUCGGAGGCUGCAUCACCGGGCCACGUGGUGCUGCAGGUCUCGGCAAGUGACGUGGACACGGGGCCGGGCGGUUCAGUGCGCUACUCGUGUGUCAUGGAGUGUGGCAGCUUUGAGGUGCGUGCCCUGGACGGUGCCGUCACACUCACCAAGGAGCUGGAUGCAGAGACUGAGGCUCAACACGUGCUGACUGUGCUGGCCACGGACUCAGGCAUACCCCAGCUCUCCUCCACCGCCACAGUGGUUAUUGACGUUGUGGACUUCAACGACAACCCUCCAGCGUGGCGCCAGGACAGCUACUCCUGCCGCGUGUCGGCCGAGGCCCAGCCCGGCCAUGUGGUCACCUCGGUGUCUGCCACUGACCCAGACGCUGGUCAGGUCACGCCGCUCAGUUAUGCCAUUCACUCGGGAGACCGAGACGCCAUCUUCAAAAUGGAUCAGCUGACUGGUGUGUUGACGGUGACGGCCCCACACAAGCUCAAGGACGUGGCCUCCCUCACCCUGAACCUGUCUGUGAGUGACGGGGUGCACGCGGCCUUCACCGGCCUGCACGUCUCGGGGCUGGCCUCCAACCACCACGCGCCGAGGUUUAAUCGCACUCUAUAUGAAGCUUACGUGGAGGAAAAUUCAUCUCCUGGCCAGCUAGUCAUCAACCUGGUGGCCACGGACCUUGAUGCCUGGGACCUGGGCAAGCUGCAGUACACCAUCCUGCACCAGACUUCAGAGGGAGCCUUCACCGUGGACAAAGAAGGCAACCUAUACACUGAGACACCUCUGGAUCGCGAAUCCCUGCCCAUGCACAGCCUCAAGGUGUCUGCGAUGGACGAGGGGGGCCGGGCCAGCUUCACGGCGGUGCGUGUGACGGUCCGUGAUAAGAACGAUAACCCACCAGUCUUCAUGUUGCCGGAGUAUCAGGCGAACAUCAACACUGACGUGGCUCCCAGGACAACCAUUCUCAAGCUCUUCUCGGUCAACCCCACCACCGGCGAGGUCACCGUGGCGCAGACCAUCCACAGCCGAGAAAAUGAGGUGUACCAGUUUUUCAUCCGUGGCGAGGACAGCGGCUCCCCCCAGCACCACUCCGACGUGCCCGUCACCAUCUUCCUGCUGCCCCCUCAUGAGAACCCCCCGCACUGCGCCAGGAAGUAUGCACAGUUCUUCAUCAGGGAGGACGCCCCCAUCGGCAAUGUGAUCACGUCCCUGUGGAUGGCGGGGCCACAGUCAGUGCAGUACCUGAUCAUGGUGGACGAGGGCAUGAAGGCAGCCAGUGAGGAGAGGGAGUCUGGGGGAGUUCAGGGCCCUUCACCGUGA